UCAGUUCAAUAUACCCUGGCCUAUUAUUAUAAAAAUUCCAACCUGAUAAGAAAAUAGGGGUAGAACACUUUGUUUACCGACAUUUUUCUUUCCGAAGACUUAAAUCAUGAUUCAUUUUAUGAAAUGGUGUGGACAUAGGUAAAUGUAUUCGGUAUAUGUAAGAUUUAUUGGACAUAUAUCUGUGCUAUUUGGAUUGAUUGGAUUGGAGUGUGUUUAUUAAGCAUUGAGCUGGAAGGACGCAUAUAACACUUGAGUGGGUUGGGGUUUUUUUUUUCCUUCUGUCUUAAAGACGAAAUACAUCUUAUAUUAUUUGAAACAGUCGAAGACAUUUGAUAAUGGAACACAAGGAAGAAAACUUAGAAGCGCCAAGUUUCUUUGCCGAGUUCAGCCGCGAUGAGUUUUCUCCGAGACCAGGACAAGCGUUGAUAUUUGACAAUGUUCUUCACGACAACUCGAAAUCAUACGAUACAGAAUCCGGAAUGUAUACAUUUCCUUUUCCUGGAAUCUACCACGUGACUGUUACUAUGACAGUCAAGCGCCGCACGACCAUGAAGUUGGAACUCAUGCAUAAUGGAGACGUUGUGACGUCAAUCGAGGAAAAUUAUCGCGGUACGUCAUCGCAAAUAAUCAGAGCCCAAAGAGGGGAUCAGCUUUGGGUUCGAAAGGUCAAUCAUGGAGGGAGUAGUCUGUGUAAGCAUACGGGAUUUUCCAGUCGUAUGGUCAGUGAUAUGGACACAUAAUCAACUUUACCUGGACACCAUUGUCAUUUGAUUGGAUCAUAAUUUAAUAUUUUAUUUAUCACAUAUUGCAUACUUUGAUACAGAAGUGACGAAAUUAUAUAUAAUUUCUUUUUGUCCAUUAAAUUACAUUCUGCUCUUAGAAAUGCUUAUUUUAA